AAGCGCGUACUGUUUCUUUUUCUUCUUUCUUCUUCAAUUUUUUCUCUAAAUGUUAUUCUUGUCGUUAAAAUUUUAUUGUAGCUCAUAAAAAAUAUGAGAAAUCCGGGUGAAAGUCCAGAAGGACGCGUGCAGAGCGAGACUUCAAGCGAAGCAUAUGCUAAAGGUUCUGACAGAGACGAAUGUGAUAGUCCACCAUGUAAAAGACUGAAGCAAGGAGUAUUGUCCUUUCCAACAGUAUCUUCAUCUCUGUUGACCUCCGCUGGAUCAUUCAAGACUUCAGUUUCUGUCCAAAAUGAGGCUGACAGCAUUAGCAACUGCCAAAACACACCAUCUGAACCAUGCAAGGAAAAAACUCAAUCCAGUGGAGGUCUUGUCACUGGUGCUCCCUCUCCCCCUGAUUUGAAGGAAAGUUUAGGAAAGCCACAGAAUACCACAGAUUUGUCAAAAAUUUCCAAAAGUUUGGUUCUUGAAAACAAAGAUGAUAAAUUAGUUGGGCAGAGAGAUGCAAGCUCCAUUUCCUCACCAGAAUCUACUUCCUCUUCUCGUGAAGAUGAAGCAAUGGUUAUAGAUCAGUCACCACCAGUCAAGGGAAAUAGAAAGAGCCCAACCUUAAAGAGUGCUGAAAAGUUGAAGAGGAAGGAGGAACGGGAGAAAGAAAGACAAGAGAAGCAAAGAUUAAAAGAGGAGAAACUAAAAGAAAAACAAGAGGCAAAGGCAGCCAAAGAAAAGGAAAGAUCAGAAGCCAAAAGGAAGCGUGACCUUGAAAAACAGGAAAAGCAAGCUGAAAGGGAGAGAAGAGAGAAAGAGCGAAUAGAGAGGAAGGAGAAGGAAGAAAAGGAACGCUUGGAAAAGAAGGGAAAGAGAGAAGAGGAAAGAAGGAAACGAGAAGAAGAAAAUAAUGCAAAGUUAGAAGAAAAGAGGAAGCGAGAAGAAGAGAAGAGAAAUCAAGAAGAAGAACAGACAAGAAAAAGACUGAAGAGUAAAGAAAAUUUUGUAAGCUGGUUCACCAAGACAUCUGCCCCCAAGGCUUCAUCAGACAGUGGUAGUAGAUUUAAACCAUUUCAGCUGAAAGCGGGAAUGACCAUUGCUCCAACAACACGUAAACACUUGUCACUUGAAACGAAAAAAGUCUUAGAUGAGGAACUUAAACUACAGGAAGACCACAGGUCCUAUCUGAGAGAUCUAGAGGCUAGAAAACCAAUUCUCAAAUACAGGAAGAGAAAACUGUCUACCAUUGAGGAACAGAAUGAAUGUGAUACUGAUGAAAAGACAUCUGAUGGACCUUUAGCAAUUGAUGAAAACAGCAACUCAAGUGUUGAAAUUGUUGAGAAAAAGAAGGACAUUUCUUCCUUUGUUGGCCUGAGAUGCAAACUAUUACAGUUCCACACAGACUACAGGCCAGCAUACUUUGGUACAUAUAGAAAGAAAAGCUACCACAUCUCUCCAAGGAACCCAUUCAAAAAAGACUUGGACUUGUUGGAUUAUGAGGUUGACAGUGAUGAUGAAUGGGAAGAGGAGGAACCAGGUGAAAGUCUCUCACACAGUGAGGGAGAGGAUGAAGGUGAUGGUGAUGAUGACAAUGGAGAUGAUGAUGGAUUCUUUGUUCCUCAUGGUUACUUAUCAGAUGAUGAAGGAGUUGAGGAUGGAGAUGAUGAUGAAUGUGAUGUGAAUGAAGAAAAGAAGGGAGAGAAUCCUGAAAAUAAAAGAGAUCAACAGCUUGCAAAGGCCAAGGCAUGGGAAGCUGCAAUGAAAAGAAAGUGCAAGCCAAUGAAGCCAAUAUCACUGGGAUGCCUGUGGCUUGAGGAAGCUGAAGUGAGUGUGGUGCUCAAGCAGUUUGCUGCAUGCUUACUUGUUGAUGGACCCAUAAACAUUGAAAGCCUGUCUACAAACAGUAAGAGUGCUGAUUUCUCUGUGGACACACCAAGUAGUGGAAACACCAGUGGAGCUCUCUAUGUACCGGAUAAAGCAAUGCCUGACCUAAUAAAGUUGGUUCAUGGAAACACAGCAGGUCUCAGCAAGUUGAUGAUGAAGUUCAGAAAGCAUUGGACUUCAAAGUGGCUAGGUAGAGAUGUCACAGAUGAAGAAGUUGAUGAAAAAAGUCCAAUUUCCAAAAGACAACUUGAGAAGAAAAUUCAGAAUAUUGCUUCUAAGGAAAGAAGAAAUGAUAGGCCUCGCUGGUACGUCCACAGUCACAUUCUGGAAGCCUAUGGCAUAGAGAACUUGUUGGUUGAUGGAUGUACUGGUUCAGAUGCAUCUUCAGAUACUCCUAAGUCUUCUGCGACUUUGCAGGCAAAUACUCCCAGUAUCAUUCAAUUUGCUGCUAGGGGUGCAAGUCCUGAAAAGCAAAAUAACACUCCUAAGAUUCAACCAGCAAGUUUAUCAUGUACUUCAACUUCAAAUUCACCCAUGGAGAUUGACAACAAGGGCUUAACAGGUUUUGGUGGCAUUUUAGGUUCUAACGUGGUAGAUUUACACUCGCAAGUAGAUGGUGAACCCAAAAGCAAGGGUACUGAACCAAUCAGGAAUAACACUGAAUUAAGUAAAAUUACUCCUGCAAGUGCUGGCUCAAAUACAAUUCAAAAUACAGAAAAUAAUUCUACUGAAAAUUUUAUUGAAACUUUGUGUAUUGACUGAAGCUACAUUGAUGUAUAUCUUUCAUCUAUUUGUACAUAGCUAGCUAAAUUUGUUACUGAUUUUUGAGGAAACAUAACAAUGUUAUGUUGGCAGUUGGGUUAUGAGGCAUUUUCUGUGUGAAUGAAAUAAUGAUUUCUUAGUGUUACUUCUUGUAGUCCCAAGAUAGAGUUACUGAUGAGUUUUGAUAGUUAUGCACUGAUCAAUUUGAAGCUUCAACUUCCCCCACCCCCAUGGCAACCAACAAGCAUUUGACUGUCAUUUGUGUCUGUGGGUGAGGCAUUUGAACCUUGCUGGGUGGGAUGGGGCAUUUGAACUGGGAGGGUCAAGUCUUUAGCAUAAUACACAAGUUUAAUAGAGGAUUUAAAGGUAAGGAGUCUGCUUUUGUGAGUGAAUGGUUUAGAAAGACUAUUUUCAUCUUUGAAUGUUUACAAUGGAAAACUUAAUGACAAAACCAGAAUCUAAUACGACUUUGCUAAAUUGGAAUAUGUUUGCGAUCACACAAAGCAUCACUCAUUAUUGGGUGUGGCAUUUGAAUUCAAUUUUGGCCUGGGGAAAGAGGGAAUCUGAACAAGCCAAUUUCCAAAAGUUCAAGUGCCUGAUGGAGGGGGAGAGGGAAAGGAAUGUUGAAGCUUCAAAUUGAUCAAUACAUUAUCAACUGUUUGACAACUAAUAUAAAAUGUGCCAUGUACUAGGAUUUCAACUUAUACAGUUUCCAUGCAAUAAAUUCUGAGGAUAUUUAGGUCAUCAGUACAGCAUGAUCUAAUUAACAGUUAAUACAAAAUUUUAUUUCGGAAUUGAAAGAUGUAAUAAAACUAGCUUAGAAUAGAAGAAGUAAAUGAAUUUCUUUUUGGAUGAUUAUACAAAUUUUGGUAUUUGCAAAUGGUGGAGUCUACAUAAAUGUUAACCUCAUUUGAUCAAAGUUGUAUCGAUAAGGACUUGCGACAUCAACAUCAUUCCCCCACCAAGUUCUUUAAUAAGGAAAUACAAAUUUCUUCACACUUACCAGUGUUAAGAUUUAUUUUUAUAUUUGGCAAAAAUAAACACCACAAAUAAUUUCCAAAAUCAAGACUUUAUGGUGCACAUUUAGAUAUUGUACAAACAUCCAAACCAAUUCAAAAAAUUUUCAAUAUCUGAAGUAAUUUUUUUUUUACCUCACCCCGGGAUCUUCAUCGAACCUUAACAUUGAGCAAAUUGUUUAAAAUUUUGUCCUUUUCAGGAGUAAGUUAUGGGUUCUAUGACAAAAGAAAACUAGCAACACCUAUGUCUAAUUACUUGUUUUUAAUUUUGUAAUGAAGUAAUUCAACCUUUGACACAUCUUUGUUAAAUCCAAUUACAUGCGUGAGAUAGCUACCAGUUACUUAAAAUAUUUUGAAGAACAGAAAAAAACUUGGAAUAUAUAUCUACAUUGUUUUUUCCUUUGAAAUUUUUAGAAACACAUCAUGUCCUCCCCUUUAGUAAUCCACUUUCUGAGUAUUUGAGGACAAGCAGGAAAACUGGGUGAAUUUUAUCAAAUUGAGAUUCACUUGUAAACAAGCUGGGAAAUGUCAUAAAAAGGGCACCAAAGUUUCCUCUCAUAGUUUUACUUGUUUCACUUUGCUUUUCCGAUAUAUAUUUAUGUUUUAUUUAAGUUCCCACUGUAAUUAUUCUUAAGUAAUAAGAUGACACUGCAGGAAAAAUUUUCUUUGAAGAUGAGGAUUAUUUGCUGUCAUUACUUUCUACAAAGACCUUCCCAGUGUACCUUUCCUUUGUGUACUGGACCCUAUUUCCUGACUAGCGUCCAAGUAUUCAAUAGGCUUGGGUUUUAAUGUAACAGUCUCAAACAAUAGGCAGAUGUACAAAAGGCAAUGGUAUUUCAAAGCUCCCUAUAAUUUUUAUAGCUAAGGGUUAGACUAAUACUGAAAAUUAAUAAGACAUUAAAAUGCAAGGGAGAAAAAAAGUUCUGUUUCCAGGAAUUUUUGGGAGCUUUAAAUAGGAUGCUUGUUACUUGGCUUGUAAAAUAAUGUGAUGUCUGCAGACAUACAUGAAUUGACAGCCUCUAGCGAACCAGAAAUUCCAAUAUUUCAUAACCUUAUACUCACGUUUUUAUUUACACUCAUUACAAACAAAAGCAGUAAUUGUGACCUGUAAAUAAACUUUAUAAUGAAAAAGCAUAACUGUUGCUCUAACAGAAAUACAGUGGAAAUAUU